AGUCAGGUCUGCUGCGGUCGGUGUGCGGUCCCGGUCCGCCGACUAGCCGUCACUGCCGCUGCUUUCUGUUCAGUGGCGUGGUCUUUGUGGCAAAUUUAGUUUCUGGCUUGGUUCUAAUUCAUUUGGACUUUACCAGCUCGGUCACCAUGGGCAAAAAGGAAGAAGAGGAGGUCAUCAGAAUUGCGAAGAAGAUCGAUAAAAUGGCGCAGAAGAAAAACGGGGCUGGAGCUUUGGAUCUCUUGAAGGAGCUGCGCAGUAUCCCCAUGACUCUGGAGCUGCUGCAGUCUACCAGAAUCGGGAUGUCCGUUAAUGCCAUCCGUAAACAAAGCACAGAUGAGGAGGUUACAUCUCUUGCAAAAUCCUUGAUCAAGUCAUGGAAGAAGCUUUUGGAUGAGCCAGGAGCUGGAGAUAAAGCUUCAGAGGAGAAGAGGAAAGAACAAUCAACGCCUGUCGUCUCUCCUUCACAAGGAAGCCCAGAGGCAAAAGAAGAAAGCUCCAGCAGCAAUUCCAGCAGCAAGAGUGAACCCAGUGAAGUUGCUCCCAACACAUUAAUCAACACCUUUCCUCGUGCCCCGAGUACCUCUGACUCCAUCAGGCUUAAGUGCAGAGAGAUGCUAGCAAGUGCUCUGCAGACUGGAGAUGAUUAUAUCGCUAUUGGUGCUGAUUGUGACGAACUUGGAGCACAGAUUGAAGAAUGCAUCUUCCAAGAGUUUAAGAACACAGACAUGAAAUAUAAGAACCGCGUGAGGAGCCGAAUCUCAAAUCUGAAAGAUAUGAAGAACCCGAAUUUAAGGAGGACCGUGCUGUGCGGGAGCGUAACCCCUGAGCGGAUGGCUAAGAUGACCGCAGAGGAAAUGGCCAGUGAUGAGCUGAAGGAAAUGAGGAAGAACUUGACCAAAGAGGCUGUCAGGGACCACCAGAUGGCCACCACUGGGGGCACUCAGACUGAUCUGUUCACCUGCGGCAAAUGCAAGGGAAAGAGCUGCACUUACACACAGGUUCAAACUCGCAGUGCUGAUGAGCCAAUGACCACGUUUGUCUUCUGCAAUGAAUGCGGAAAUAGAUGGAAGUUCUGCUGAAUCUGCGGGCAUCAUCCACGGCACUCCAACAAGUAGCAAAAUUCCUGGACCAGAUUCUGUCUAUCUGCAACAGAUUGGAGCUUUCUAUUCUGUGGUACAUGGUACACAACAUGCCAUACAAAGAUGCCACUGCGGUUAUUGUUUAAGUAAAUAUCUUGUUAAUAGAUUGAGCUCAUUGUCGGUUCCCUCAACGCCUUCCCCUAAAAAUUAUUUUACUAGCGUUAUUAGUUGUUUCUCACCGUCAGAUAUAUGCGAUGGAUCUUAUCAUGCUCUUUUAUCUGCAUUUUUUAUAUGUAGUUUUAACACUUUGGACAAUGUUGUUUUGCUUCCCCCUCACAACAUUGCAUUGUUUUAUUUAAUUUCCCAAUAAAGUGUAAUCCAUUUGAUUAAAAAGAGCUGCUUUUCAUUAGCUGUCUUUUAUGAUGGGUUUUCAGUCUCUUCUGGUUAUUUAAAUCUUUAAAAUUAUACUAAGCAGGUCGGAUCUGAGAGAACAAACAUCUUCUGUGUGUGCGUGCGUGUGUGUGUGUGUGUGUGUUACAGAGUAUACAUUUGUAAUUGAUGGAAUAUUCAUCACAUCAAAGCGAAUGCUGAUGUAUGCAUAUUAAUCCAUCCAGGGACAGGAUAAUAUCGUUGGCUGGAGAAGGGAAGAUGCACCAAUUGUUUUCUGCUUCCUCCAGGAUGGUUUUUUUGUUGUUUUUUUUUUUGGAAAUAGCCAGGUGCAACCACUUUAUGUUGAUGGGCUGUUCUGCUGCUUCACCACCACAUAAAGUGAACAGUAAUACAAGAUUAAGAUUUUUUUUUUUAUUAUUCAUUGAAAAGGGCUAAAACUGAGGAAGGCCUGGUGGUAGACAUUACACUUCUCUAUAUGUUUUAUCUCACCUUCUUAUUUAUUUUUUAAUUGAACCUUUGUUGAAACAACAUUUUUUUAUUGUGAAUUCGAUGACCAUUUUUAUGAAAGAAGCUCCCUGUAUAAAAUUCAGACACAGCA